AUGUUACCCAUCAGAUGUCUUGGUUCUAAAAGACUUGCCUCAUUUUAUGCGUAAGUACAUAUGUGCCUACAAUACCUUUUUAGUGGCCUUACCUCUGCGGAUUUCAUGAAGAAACCUGCAAAUGAACCUGUUCUGACGUACAAAAAAGGUUCUGAGGAAAGAAAAGCCCUGGAGAAAGCUCUAAAAGAAUUUGAGAGUAAGAGUGUUGAAGUUCCUUUGAGGAUUGGACAGGAAAAGAUUACUCGAGGACUUGAACAAAAACAAGUUAUGGUAAGUAUAGCGAUAUUCAUGCUUUAAAUGAAUGGUUUUAGCCCACAGAUCAUCAAAAAGUCGUGGCCAAAUUUACCCAUGCCACAUCGGAAGAUAUUAAGCAUGCCAUCGAGGUCGGAUUGGCGGCUAGAACUGCCUGGGAACACAGACCUCUGAAAGAAAGAGCUGACAUCUUUCUACAUGCUGCUGAUCUCUGUGCUAGUAAAUAUCGGAUGGCCCUAAAUGCGAGUACCAUGCUAGGCCAGUCGAAAAACAUAGUCCAGGCCGAGAUCGACGCCGCUUGUGAGCUGGUCGACUUCUUCCGUUUCAAUGCUCUAUUUGCAUUGGAUGUCGUCAAAUAUAAGCCAAUUGACACCCCAGGAAGUGUAAAUACUUUAAUUUACAGAGGACUAGAAGGAUUUGUGGCUGCUGUGGCGCCUUUUAAUUUUACAGCCAUUGGCGGAAACUUGGCCGGAGCCCCAGCAUUGAUGGUAAGAUAUACUUUGCUUAGAGAUGCAAUACAUUCAGGGAAACGUGGUCCUGUGGAAGCCUUCUGACACCGCUGUCCUCUCUAAUUACAUUAUUUACCAAAUUAUGGAAGAAGCAGGUAAUUAGUAACUAGAUUGCGGAGUUUAUAUUGCACGAAAAGAUGUUGUGGAGAAAUAAAAGUCCGCGAUAAAAUAUAAUGGCGUCUUUUUUAAUACGCACUUUCAGGUGUUCCCCCCGGAGUGAUCUCUUUCCUUCCCUCAGAUGGCCCUGUCUUCGGGAAUGGCAUCACCGACUCCCCUCAUCUGGCAGCCAUCAACUUCACCGGCUCUGUCCCUACCUUCCAAUACCUCUGGAAGAGAGUUGGACAGAAUCUGGAGCGUUACAUCACUUUCCCCAGACUUAUCGGCGGUUCGCUUUCUAUUUUUUUAUCAAAUUUUCGCUUUUAGAGUGCGGCGGUAAGAACUUCCAUUUCGUUCACCCAUCGGCGGAUGUCGAAAGUGUCGCCACUGGGACAAUCAGAUCUGCUUUCGAAUACCAAGGACAGAAAUGCAGUGCUUGUUCCAGAUUCUUCGUCCCACAGAGUCUUUGGGACGCAAUUUCAAAACGAAUGACUGAAAUUGCUGAGGAAAUUAAGGUCGGAGAUGUAAGUUGACGCACUUACUGCAAGACAUAUAUAUACCGUUUUUAGGUGCGGGAUGGUGCUACUUUUGUUGGCGCCGUCAUUGAUAAAAAAUCGUUUGAUCGCAAUAAGAGUUACAUCGACUACGCAAAAACAGGUGCCGAUGGGGCCAAGAUUAUCUUUGGUGGAGAAUACGACGAAUCAAAGGGUUACUUCAUUAAACCCACUCUUAUUCAAGUCACGGACAUCAACUCGAAAUUGUUGAAAGAGGUAAAUAUGCGUGGAUUUUGUUUAUAGUUUUCUGUUUAGGAAAUAUUUGGCCCGAUUGUAACUGCAUUCGUUUACCCAGAUAAGGAUGCUGAGGACCUUGUAGGAAGGAUUAAAGACAUGACACCUUACGGAUUGACUGGGGCCGUAUUCUCUCAAGAUAAGGUCUUCUUAAACAAGGCUAAAGUUAUCUUGAAGGAUGCUGUUGGUAAUCUUUAUCUCAAUGAUAAGUCCACUGGGUCUGUCGUAGGACAACAACCUUUUGGUGGAGCUAGAAAAUCAGGUAUGUGUGUAUUUUUGAGUCUUUAUUUGCAUUUUAGGUACGAAUGACAAGGCUGGCGGUCCUCAUUAUCCACUUAAAUGGGCUUCUCCCCAGACCAUCAAGGAAACUUCUGUGCCUUUAAGAGAAUGGAGAUACCCAUCCAUGGAUUAA